AUGCUGCGGCUGACCUGCCUGCUGCUGCUGCUCGGCCGCGCCGCCCCGGCGGCAGAUGAAUAUGGUCUGGAAAUAACCAACAAUGGUCCCAUCACAACAGGAGCUCAAGCUACUGUUUACGCCAGCCUAAGUAUGAAGAAUGGCAAUGUCUCAUCAAACUGGUAUCACUUUAACUGGAUCUAUGCUCCUCUGAUUCUGAUAGAGAAAUCUGAGCAGCCGUUCAACUCCAUAAUUAAUGUGACCGGUGAAUUUCCUGGGACUUUCCCUGUGUCUGUGUGGGUGACUCACAGAAACUGUUGGUUAUGUCGUCCAAUUGCUAGAAAUGUCACCAUGCUUCAGGUUACAGAAUUUAUCACAGGAAAUCUUACCAUAGCCCAGAUAGAAGACAGUAGAGUUAUCACAAGAGGUUCUAGUUCUUCCACGAGUGCUGUGACCCGGAUCUCUUUCUGUCUUCAUGACCCAAGUCAUUAUUUCAAGUCAGCGUCAUUUGUCUACAACUGGGAUUUUGGAGAUGGAGUUUAUCAGAUUACCAAGGAACCCUUUAUCUACUAUAACUGCUCUACCAUGGGGAAUCGCACGGUGCAUCUGAAAGUUAUAGCUGAAUGGGAACAUAUUGGAAACAUCAUACAUGAAAGAGAAAUGGUGCAGAAAACUGGUGAUUUUAGCACUGCUCUGGAGCUGUCAGAUGCUGUCAAAAGCAUUAAUGUAGUGGGCUCCAGAGAGACUCACGUAAUGGAAAACUUGAGUUUAUCACUUCAUAUCAAUGGCACCCCACCAUUAGCAUUGUGCUGGCUUAUAAAGGCCGAGUGCAUCCCACUUGAAGGUGAGAAGUGCCACCUAGAAGUACUCAACGGCUCCUGCUACACCCUCAGCCACACCUUCAGUGAUGCUGGGCAGUAUUGCCUCAGUGUCAGAGUGGAGAACAGCAUGACGAUGCUGCAGACCUACCAUGAGAUAAAAGUGUGGCCAACAGGGAUCCACCCAGCUUUCUUUGUCCUGCUCUGCGUCGCCCUGGUUUCAGUGAUGCUGGGACUGGUGCUGUACACGACCUUUCGAAGUAACACUCAACAAAAAGAUCUCGUGGAGGUAGCUGACUUUGACUUUUCUCCACUGUCUGAUACAAACCUGUCUUCUCAUUCGGAGUCAGGCUAUGGCCAAGUAUGUUGCAGAUCAUGUUUUCCUCAAUCAUCCCAAGAAGCUGCCAGGGAAAGUCAUGAACUUCUACAAUCUUUUUACAAGCCAGUUAAAAUGUACACGGUGUAA